CAGAGAAGAAGAGUUUCCUCCCUCCCCAAUAUGGCUGUAGCUGCAGUCUGCGAUGGAGUUUGAAGUCAGAUUUGGUUUAAUAAAGCCGUGAAUCGCGCUGCUGCAGCGAAAACGAGUGAAGCAUGCAGCGCUGCAUCUUAAGGUUUGCCGAGCGCCGCUGGCCGUCCUCGGUCCGCCGUGCGAGCUCGGCGACGGGGAAGCGGCCUGCGGUCCGCAGCGCCUUCCCGCUGCUGGAGCGCCCCCUGCAGGCCAUCCAGCGCCACGUCUACGAGGCCAACCUGAGAAACAGCAGCGCCUGCCAGAAAAAGUACGCAGAGUUGAAGGAGGAGGUGAGGAGAGGCGGAGGGGCCAACGCCGUAGCCAGACACACUCAGAGAAACAGGAAGCUGCUGGUCAGGGAUCGGCUCCGCCUCCUGUUGGACGAUGACGACUUCCUGGAGCUGUCGCCGUUGGCCGGGUUGGGUCUGCCGUACGGCGACAUCCCUUCAGCCGGCUGCCUGACUGGUGUCGGCAGGAUCAACGGUCUGUGGUGUGUGUUUAUCGCCAACGACGCCACGGUGAAGGGCGGCACGGCGUAUCCGAUCACAGUGAAGAAGCAGCUGAGAGCUCAAGAAGUCGCCAUCCAAAACCGCCUGCCGUGCGUCUACCUGGUGGACUCUGGAGGGGCUUUCCUACCUUUGCAGUCAGAAAUUUUCCCUGAUAAGAACCAGGGAGGAAGGACCUUCUACAAUGAAGCCAUCAUGUCUGCUAUGAAGAUCCCACAGGUGGCGUUGGUGUGCGGGUCGUGCACGGCGGGUGGAGCUUACAUCCCCACCAUGGCGGAGGAGGCGGUGAUGGUGCACCGCAUAGGAACCAUAUUCCUGGGAGGCCCUCCUCUCGUCAAAGCCGCUACAGGGGAGGAGGUGUCCCCGGAGGACCUGGGAGGGGCCCGUCUCCACGCAGAGGUGAGCGGCUGUGUGGACCACUUCGCUGAGGAGGAGCAGGAGGCGUUCGACCAGACGAGAAACAUUAUCGCCACCCUGAACUUCCAGCUGCCCGAGGAAGAGGAGCCCUCCGCAGGAGAGGAGCCGCUGCACAGCUCAGAGGAGCUCCUGGGGCUCGCUCCGAGGAGUUACAGCCACACUCUGGAUGUCAAGAUGAUCGUGAGUCGGCUGACCGACGGGAGCCGCUUCCAGGAGUUCAAAGCCAGAUAUGGAACCACGCUCGUCACGGGUUUUGCAAAGAUUCAUGGACACCUGGUAGGGAUAGUGGCCAACAACGGCGCGCUAACAUACGAAGCUGCGCUAAAAGGAAGCCAUUUCGUCCAGCUGUGCGACCAAAGAGACAUCCCGCUCCUCUUCCUGCAGAACACGGCACCGGCAGCGGCGCCGACUCUUUCUGCUGCGCAGGCAGAAAUAAACAGUAACCGCCUGAAGGCUCAGGGUUCAAUGAUGUCGGCCGUGGCGUGCGCCUCCGUCCCAAAGAUCACUGUGGUGAUUGGUGGUUGCCACGGCGCCGACAGCUAUGCCAUGUGUGGACGGGCUUUCGAUCCUAAUUUCCUGUUCCUGUGGCCCAACGCCAGAGUGUCGCUGACGGGUCCGAGUCACGCGGGCUCCUUGCUUCCCGCUGACGACGGACAGGAGGCCGAGAAGCUGAACGAGAAGCUGGAGGAGGAGAGCUCGGCGUUCUUUUCCUCUGGCAGGAUGUGGGACGACGGCGUCAUUCUGCCACAGGAAACCAGGAAGGUUCUCAGAGACAGUCUGGACAUCAUCAAGCAGCAGCGGUAUCAGAUGUCCACAGAGAAGACCCGGUCGGUGCUAUUACGGAUGUAGAAGCCUCCGACUUUCUGCUCCUAGUUUUCUCAUCCGCAGCCUGGAUUUGGCUCUAGUUUAUCUGUCAUAAUUACCCUCUGACCUAAAAUCUGGAGGAGUAAUGAUACUGCUGUCCAGUCAGAUGCUGAUUGGAAGAGAGGCUCAGCAGAUCUGAACAUUUCUGUCACAUAAAACCUCAAGGAUAAUUAUGCUCCAAUGUUAACCUGGAGCUUUUAACCUGAAGAUUCUUUAUAAAUCACUAUUUCUGUUCUACUAAACUGUAUCUU